AUGCCAGAAAUUGCGAUCACUCCGAAAAGCUUAUCUUCCCUGAGUGCUUCAACGAGUUCCAGGGAAGAGUCAAACCAAUUUUUUAUUAAGAAAAGGCUGACAAGAUGCAUGCAACAUAAAUUUCUAACGUACUCGCAACUUCCUGUAAGAUGUCAGAGACCCAGUCGGUACUAUCGUCCUCCGAGGACAUUUUUCAGAUUGGCUAGCUUUGCAACUAUUAAUCGAGCAACUGCAAUUAACACGACGAAAAGUUGUCCGGAUAAUUCAACAUGUUCGAUAUUCCAUACUGUUGAUACAUCACGCUGCAAAAAGAGUUUAUCCAUGAUUGAUUUUUCAUCUUUAAUAAUGGAGGCUGAAAAUAGCGAUCUUAGGUCAGACAGUAGAUCAGACAGUAGCUUCAUAGAAAAGCUUGAAGAAAAUGAUAAAAUUAAGGACACCAUUAGCAACGAAAUGGGAAUUAGCGUUGGUAUCAGGAAGUGGAUGGACGGGUUCACGACUUCAGAAUCGGAGGAAGCGUGUUGUCAGUUCUUUCAAAACCCAAAGAAAGCAGCGAAUUUGGUGUGUCAUGUACUUAUGCUAAAUGCUUGGAGACGUAGACGCAGCGAAGUUCAAUAUCUACAUGGCACGAUCGACGACUUGAGCCAACAGAUCGAACAUCUGCAUCUACAAAUCGUUGUUCUGCGUCGAUUGCUCGACACGGAGAAUAUCCGUGUCAGUAAACUGACCAGCGACGUUCAUCGUGCCAAGAUCCAAUUCGACGAAACGUCGAAGGAAAAGAAUACGUUGAAAUUGGAAAAAGUAAAAAUGGAAAACGAGAUUAAGCGUUUGACCGAGCUUUCCGAGGAGAGGCUAGUCGCAGCGGAAAAUGUACAAAACGAGCUACUCACCACACAAAAUCACCUUCAUGCGCUCGACAUGCAGAUGUCGAAGGAUCGAGAAAAGCUGUUGAAGUUACGGGAAGAUAAAAAAAUACUCCUAGAAAAGGUGACGGCCAGCGAAACGUUAGCAACGGAACGAGGAAUGAGAGCAGACAAAGCUGAAUCAUGCAUGGAGGAUUUACAAUUGAAACUCGCUACGCAGAUUGCUCUGGUUGAAUCUUCGCAGGAACAGAUAGAACGAUAUUCAAAAGAGUUAAAAGUUAAAGAAGAUGAGAAAAUCAAGUUAUUAAAACGCUUAAAAUCAAGCGAAGAUAUGGGGAGAAAUUUAAGCUUGCGAACAAUUUCUCUGGAAGCUCAACUAGUUGAUGGAGGGGUAGCCCUGGAACGCAUGCAGGAAGCGUACAAUUCACAAUUAAUGGAAGUGCGUGAAUUGAAAGAACGUUUAAUGCGCCAAUCCCAAGAAGGGGGUUGGAGUAGUAGAAUGUUGCAAAUAGCUGGUAGUGUUGUACGAGCGCCGAGGGUUAUACUACGAACUUUAUUAUCAGGUCCAGUGUUAGCUUCUUAAAGAUAGCUUGUUGCUCUUGCUCACGCGUGAUUGCGCCAUGUUUUGAGUUUUAUGUUGGAACGAAGAGUUUAAAAAGAGGAAUUUCGAGGGUGAUGAUGAUGAUUGUUUGAUAAGAGAAUGGAGAAAGGGAAGAUUUUAUGUUUGAAUUGAGGGUGAAGAGUUAUGUGGUCGCGAGGAAAUCAAAGGAGCAGAGAAUAGCGUCAAACUGAUAGUAAAUUUUCGGGUACUUUUAUUACCAAAACUAUCUUUUUUUUUAUUUAUAUAUUUUUUUUACUCUCUAUACUUUCUGAUGUUACGAACUUUAUAUACAUACGUAAGCAUUUAUAAUCAAAACGGAACGUAAUAAUUUAAAAUACUUGACGAUACUAUGUACAAUAUUGGAAACUAUCCUACUAAGUUAAGGAUGGACAAAUAAAUCUAGAUAUCAUGUA